AUUAUAAACAACUAGUUUUUACAUUUGAGAAAGAAAGAAAAAGAAAUGGUUUUGAUGUGCUUUUUGGUGGAUCAGACAAAGAGGGUGAGUAGUAGCAAACCGGCGGCAGGGUUGUGUUCUAGGUGCGGUGCAGGAGCCCACGUUGCAGACAUGAAGACUGCAACUAGAUUCUGCUUCGUCCCGUUCUAUUGGAAGUCAUGGAGGGCUAUCAUCUGUACCUUUUGUGGAUCCAUUCUCAAGUCCUACCCUUAAUAGGCCAUAUAGCCGCCCAUAGCCACCCCCCCUUAACACUUCAUUUUUGACAUCAUGAUCAUCAUUCUAUUUAUUAACCCCAUUUCACAUGUUGUUGUUACCCUUCACUGACAGUUCAAUAUAUAUACAUAUUCAUUUA